UACAUAGAGAACCAAGUUGCUUUAAUUGUAGAGGGCGCACUGCACCCGUACCCACGUGCGUUGACUUCGCGAUAUCGUACAGCAUACACUACGUAAGCGGUGGGAUCAGUGCGGACUCCAAAUAUCAACACUAUGGCAAGGAAAAAGAAGGGAAAGGGAAAGAAAAAGGCCAAACAAAAUCUGGUCACUGCAGAGAGUGAGUAUGGCAAGGCACCCCACACAUUUGUCUUCCACAGAGGUGUAGUUGGCAAAAGCGUCUUGCAACUCCUUCUUGACAUCAGACGGACAAUGGAACCCUACACCGCAGCCAGCCUCAGGACUAGAAAGAAGAAUGUGUUGAAGGAUUUUGUCAGCGUGGCCAGUCCUCUCGGCGUUACGCAUUUCAUGGUGUUUACAAAAACAGAUACAGGCACAAACAUGAGAAUUAUUAAAAUUCCAAGAGGACCCACUAUCAAUUUCAAAGUGACUCAGUAUUCACUGGCCAAGGAUGUGGUGUCGUCCUUGAAGCGCCCCAACAUGUACGCCUCCCAGUUCAGGUAUCACCCUCUUCUGGUCCUCAACAACUUCAGCAAAGAUGAGCCGCACCUGAAACUCGCUGCUACGAUCCUGCAGAACAUGUUUCCCUCCAUCAAUGUACACAAGGUUCAGCUGAACAAGAUACGUCGCUGUGUGCUAUUCAACUACGAUCCAGAAACCAAGCUGAUUGAGUUCAGACACUAUUCCAUCAAGCUUGUGCCGGUUGGAAUCAGCCGGAGUGUCAAGAAGCUGCUCAAGACCAAGGUACCAGACCUGAGCCGAUACAAAGAUGUCAGCGACUUCUUCCUCAAUGCUGGUCAGUUGUCGGAAAGCGAGGCAGAACAAGAAGGUCCCGACAAUGAAGUGACCGUUCCCCAGAGUAUGAGCAGCAGGGGUAACAUUGCUGCUCAGAAGAGCGCGAUUAGACUGGUGGAGAUUGGUCCGAGGAUGCAGCUGCAGAUGGUUAAGAUUGAAGAAGGCAUGUGUGAAGGAGAGGUCAUGUACCAUCAAUUUGUCCAAAAGACUUCACAGGAGAUUGCAGAAGCCAGAACCCUUCGACUGCAGAGAAUGAAAGCAAAGGAGAAGCGAAAGAAACUUCAAAAAGCAAACGUUGAUUCAAAGACGAAACAGAAAGAAGAACACAAACAAAAAUCCCUGGAUGGAAUCAAGAAGAAGACAGAACAGGAAGAGAAGUCUUCUGUGAAAGUAGCUGUCGGCGAGGAGCAGGAGGAAGAGGAAGUGGAUGAUGACACAGAGUACUACCGACAAGAAGUGGGAGAAGACCCUGACCCAGCUCUUUUUCCGAAGCAGAAGCGCCUACCAAGGACAGACAAGAGGAAAGCUAGCAGUCAGGGAACCAGACUCCCACAGAAGAAAUUCAAGUUCAGCUCCAAGUCGUCCAAAGAUUCCGAGAACAAGGUGCGGAAAGGAAUGAAGGGCAAUACCCGCAGGCAAGACAGCCAAGAGAGGACUUCGUCCAAAACAUUCGGGAAAAAGUCACCUUCGAUGAGAGCUGGAAAGAAAUCUGGGCCUUUGGGGAGAAACGCAAACAAGAAGUUUGGAUCUCCGGACCGAACGCAGCGGCGAGGCCACCCAGCGGGGAAAGGGGGUGCAACAAAACUUAAAAAGGGCAAAGUGGCUGGAGGAAAGGUCAUGAAGAAAUCAAAGGUCAAGGGUCGUUAGCAUGGAGGUAUUUGUGGGGGAACCAUAAAAUCACCAUUCUAAAUGACAAUUUCAAAUCAAGGCUUCGUGUUUACUGAUACAUUGUAAUUAUAAUUAUGAUGCGAUAUCAAAUCAUCUGAUCUUUGAGUAAAUCGGUUCUAUUAUUGCUGUCUUUUAAACUUGAGUAUGAUUUCAGUAGGUGCUGUGGGCUACAUUUUAAGGCUCAUGUGAUAUGUGAGGGUCACCUACCGUCUAGGGUCGUUGAUUUAUCCAUGUUGGAUUGGUACAUGGCCGGGGGGGGGGGGGGGG